AUGGUAAACGGCCCACCGUUCAGCAUUAAAACUGCAUGGAUUCGUGGGGUUCCUUCUCUUGUCAUGGGUCAAAAAUCUCUUUGGUUUACUGCAUGCAACAAAUGUCAAAAGGAGAUUGACGCUCCAGUGAAUUGGAAUAUUAACUGUACAAUGUGCACACAGGAUAGUACAGUCGUCGCCAGGUGUCGUUUUAUUAUAUCCAUUAAAGAUGACAGUGGAAUACUUCAAGCAAUGGUCACAGGAACAGAGGCCGAGCAGUUGUCACCAAUAACAGCAACAGAAAUGAGUUCUAUACAUACUGAGAAUUGCACUACCCUUCGGCCAGGCCUUCGCGGCGCUACAGGCGGCAUAAUGGCUCAGGAAAAGAGUCGUGUCAGGCAAGGGAAAAGACUCCUACCGAAGUAG